UUUAUGUACUGCUUUCCGUAGUGCUUUAUUUCAUUGUUGUUACUGUUUUCAUUUUUGUUUUCUCUUUUUUAAACUGCUUUGACAUGUUCUACUUGAGUCGAAGUUCUAUUAAAAACAUGUAGUAUUCAGGAAUUUUGCUAAGGGUGUAGUAUAUAUCUCUAAAAAGUUUUUUUUUAAUAUCUAUAUACAUUCUUAUUAUUUCUAAAUGCACAAUAUGAUUUUCCGACGAUGGUGUUUGAGUGGCUACUUUUGGAUCAAUAUAGUCACACCAAUGAUUGAAAAUGGACUCAAUAUCUUUAUAAGAUAGGGGAAAGGUGUGUGUGUACAUAACAUCUCGAGACUCCACUUGUGAGAUUACACUGGGCAUGUUGUUGUUGUUGUUAUAUAUGAUGAUUUGUAUUUUGGGUAGUAUAGGCUAUAAUGGAAGUGUUUGUGAUAUAUUUGAGUACUAAAAGUGAUGACAAUGUUUACGUAUUGGUUGAAGCAAGUGAUUUAGAGUUAGCAUUGCGAUAUUUAUGAAGAAAAAUGACUUCUGCAUAUCAAAGAUUUGAACUUUAUGGGUUCUUGUCCGAAAUUCCACUAGUCUAUUUGAUGUAUUGAGUUCAAAAUCUAUUUGUUGUACAUAUACAGUGGUGAUGAACUCAUAACUUCUAUAUUACAUUUGUCCUGUUGUCUAUAACUAAGAGAAGUCGUUGUUCCCUUUUUGUUGAAAAUAUCUUUCUUGAUGACUACACUGCGGAAAUUCAAGUCAUUGGUGGAUUUGGUCACGGAGACCGACAAGGCAUGUGAAGACCUCAUAUUCAAUCAUCUCAAGCAACAUUUUCCGAGUCACAAGUUCAUAGGUGAAGAAACAUCGGCUGCUACUGGAGAUUUUGAGUUAACUGAUGAACCGACUUGGAUAGUUGAUCCAGUUGAUGGCACAACUAAUUUUGUGCAUGGGUUUCCUUCUGUCUGUGUCUCGAUUGGACUUACAAUUGGGAAGAUUCCAACUGUUGGCGUUGUUUAUGACCCAAUUAUCGACGAGCUUUUCACUGGAAUUAAUGGGAAAGGUGCGUAUCUUAAUGGGAAGCCUAUCAAAGUAUCUUCGCAGUCCGAACUUGUGAAGUCCCUCCUUGGCACAGAGGUCGGAACUACACGGGAUAACUUAACUGUAGAAACUACAACGAGGAGAAUCAAUAAUCUGCUUUUCAAGGUUAGAUCACUCCGAAUGUGUGGUUCGUGUGCACUUGAUCUCUGUUGGGUGGCAUGUGGAAGGCUUGAACUCUUCUAUUUAAUUGGAUACGGAGGCCCUUGGGACGUGGCUGGUGGCGCUGUAAUAGUGAAGGAAGCUGGAGGCGUCCUGUUUGAUCCAUCUGGUUCGGAAUUUGACAUCACAUCACAACGUGUAGCUGCUACAAACCCUCAUCUCAAGGAGGCGUUUGUCGAGGCCUUGCAGCUAUCCGAAUGAGUAUCAUAGGAGAUGGAAAACGGACACUUCAAAACCAGUUAAGUUCUUUCGUUAUUGAACCCGAUAAAGAUCCAUCUUGUGGAUGUGAGCAUAUUAGGCCAAGAAAAUUUACUACUUGUCCUGCAUUACAAGGUCCAUUAUAGCUAGCUGAGAUAUAAUUGCUACUGAUUUUCUUUUAGUAGCUACUGUUAUCUUGCUAUAUGGUGUAAGAAACUUUGUGUAAAGCUCAUGUGUGACCUACAAAAAUGUCUUCUUGUUUUGUUUGCAAAAAGCUGACAUUAAUAAUAGAACAUAUCUUUUGCCUUCCUA